AAUCUCAUCAAAGCAUGUGAUGCAACACGACGUGUCAUUAGCAGUAAAAGUAAGCUUGUCUCUGAUGAAAAAAACCCACAAAACAGAACAAGCACUACAGUAUUCCCAUCACAAAUUCCCUCACCGAGGGAUCCAAUAUUGAUAUAGUCUUGGUGUAAUAAUAUAUAUAUAUAUUUUUUUUUUAAAAGAUCUGGUUAAAAAAGGUCUUAAUCUGAGUGACAGUGAACAAAGCAGCAGUGUAGCUCCUGAACAAUGUUCCAUUGUCCAGCACAGACUGAACCCCAGCUCUAAUCUGGGUUAUCUGGCUGUAAUCAGCUUAGCCCACUGCCUCUCUGACUGCUGCUGUGCUGCUGCUUGGUGGGCACUUUCUUACAACUUAAGUCUCAUUUUGCCUUUACAUAAAACCCAUUGCAAGGUGUAGAGGUUGAAGGAGCACAGUGCUUUACAUUUCUUCAAGCGUCCUGUCAAACCUGCGGCUAUGGCAGAACAUCCAGAGACGACCUUAACUCAGGGGACGCCUCCUGCCGACACGUACCCUAGAAAAAUACUGGAAUAUCUGGAAGGAUUCCUUAUUUCAAAGACAGUGUUCACUUCGUGUGAGCUAGGUGUUUUUGAUGUAUUGCACACCGCAGGGCGCCCCCUGUCUGCGAAGGAUGUCAGUAAGGCCAUUGGAGCCAGUCUGGACGGCACAGAGCGACUACUGGCUGCCUGUGCAGGACUGCAACUGCUCCAAACACACUGUGAUGAUGGACAAGUGUUUUACAGUAACUCUGAUGAGGCCAGUAUCUACCUGAUCCGCUCCAGUCCUUCGUCUCUCCUCCAGUCCAUCCAGUACAGGUCUGAGACCAUCUAUACCUGCUGGCAGUACCUUACUGAUGCAGUCAGAGAGGGAAGAAACCAGUAUGAAAAGGCAUUUGGAGUCAGUUCUAAGGACCUGUUUGAAGCUCUCUACAGGUGUGAUGAGGAAAUGGUGAAAUUUAUGCAGUUGAUGAACUCCAUUUGGAACAUCUGUGGUAAAGAUGUGGUCAAAGCCUUUGACCUUUCCCCUUUCAAGGUCAUCUGUGACCUGGGAGGCUGCAGCGGGGCAUUAGCCAAACAGUGCACGUCGGUCUACCCAGAAUGCACUGUGACGAUUUUUGACCUCCCCAGGGUGGUGCGUAUGUCAAGGGAGCACUUUGUCAGUGAGGCUGACCUGAGGAUAAACUUUCAGCAAGGGGAUUUCUUUAAAGACACCCUGCCGGAGGCCGACCUCUACGUCCUUGCUCGGAUCCUGCAUGACUGGACAGACGAGCGCUGCAUAGAACUGCUCAACAGAGUUUAUGGGGCCUGCAAACCAGGUGGUGCUGUACUGGUGGUGGAGGCCCUGCUCUACGAGGAUGGCUCUGGCCCAGUGACUGCGCAGCUUUACUCCCUGAACAUGCUGGUACAGACGGAGGGUAAGGAGAGGACCGCGGCCCAGUACGCUGCCCUGAUGUCUGCCGCCGGCUUCACCAACAUCCAGCACCGUCUGACAGGGAAGAUUUACGACGCAGUGCUGGGACACAAGGAGGACUAAGACAAGAAAAGCUCAGUGUCUCUGAACUGUUACUCAGCUUCCACUGUAGCAUUACAGCUUCACCUUGAAAACUACUUUGAAAUAAAAAGUUAUCAC